AAGCCAUCCUACAUACAAUUAGUGUCAUUCGUUGUUGAUACGCGAUGGUUGAUAUUCCAAAAUUCCGUCAAAUUGCGACCACCUGUUCCCCCUUACUUUAUUAAACCGUGUUGGUCGUUGCUUGGGCAUGGUUUAGUUCGCGACGUACCAACGUUACCACCACACACAGACGAAUUUAUCACCCAUCACCGAGUUGCAGUUGUCGCAUUUUUUUUUUUUAAGUGCGUGAAUGUGUGCAUGACAAAAUGGACGUAGGCAGAACGCUAUUUUUGCAACUACCCAAAGAAAAAACCAUCGAUAUCGAAUUUGAGAAUGUCACAUAUUCGGUUCCCCAGGGACGAAAAGGAAGGAAGCAAAUUGUCAAAGGCGUGUCUGGAAAGUUCAAAUCGGGCGAGUUGACGGCCAUUAUGGGACCUUCCGGAGCAGGAAAAACAUCCCUACUUAAUAUCUUAACUGGAUUUCAAACUGUGGGAAUGCACGGUGUGAUAAAAAGCACCCACGACAAGGARGUUCGUUUCGGGUCACAGCAAUACAAAAAGCAGUCGUGUUACAUCCUCCAGGACGACCAAUUGGCGCCCCUUUUCACCGUCGCCGAGAUAAUGAACAUGGCUGCAGACUUAAAACUAGGACACGGCAUAUCGUCGAAAAGAAAAUACAUGCUGAUCGAUGACAUUUUGGAUACUUUGGGUCUUUCCGCGGCGAAGGACACGCGUUGUCAACGACUAUCCGGUGGCCAGAAAAAACGUCUCUCGAUCGCUCUUGAACUUAUCGACAAUCCACCUAUUAUGUUCUUGGACGAACCCACAACCGGUUUGGACAGUUCCUCUUCAGCACAAUGCAUAAGCAUGUUGAAAGAAUUAGCAAGAGGCGGAAGAACCAUUAUUUGCACGAUUCAUCAACCGAGUGCCACUUUAUACGAAAUGUUUGAUCACGUCUACAUCAUGGCCGAAGGCAAGUGCAUCUAUCAAGGGGCCAGUCGAAACACGGUCACCUAUUUGUCCUCCAUUGGCUUUAACUGCCCCCAGUAUCACAACCCCGCAGACUACCUUCUGGAAGUUGCCAACGGCGAAUAUGGUAAUUUUACAGAUUUUUUGGCGAAAGCAGCGUCCGAAAACCAGUGGAGAACAGCAGUGACCUCGGACAAACGUAAAUUUUUGUUUACUCAAACUAACAAUAAUAAACAACCCAUUUUUUUAGUGGAAAACAAAAUAAACGAAAAGUCGGAGCACACAGUCCAAAAUUCGGCAACUUAUCAGCACACACAACCCUCUGAAUUUUUUAAAUUUUAUAUUCUAGUCAAACGAUCGUAUUUGCAAUUGUACAGGGACUGGACGAUUUCUCAUCUCAAAAUCGUGCUACAUUUUCUUGUAGGAAUCGUCCUAGGCUUGAAUUACUACCAAUCGGGGAACGACGGGUCGAAGACAAUCAGUAAUGUAGGUUUUUUCAUCGUAACUUCGGUUUAUUUAACGUACACAUCUCUAAUGCCCGCAGUACUCAAAUUUCCAUCCGAAGUGGCAGUAUUAAAAAAAGAACGUUUCAAUAAUUGGUACAAACUCAAAACCUAUUACGCCGCUUUUUUAAUGUCAGACAUUCCGAUGCAAAUUAUUUUUUGCAUGUCGUACAUUUCUACAGCGUACUUCUUGAGCGACCAACCCUCGGAAAGUUUCCGAUUUUUCAUGGUGGUCGCUAUUUUAAUUCUACUAUCGUUAACAGCGUCCAGUCUUGGACUAGUCAUCGGGACUUUGGUAAACCCAAUUAACGGUACAUUUUUCGGGGCUAUCAUAACCGCUGUUAUGUUGUGUUUCGCCGGCUUUUUGAUUUUAUUCACGCACAUGUCGAAGCCCAUGUACAUGAUGACUUACGUGUCGUUCUUGGCCUAUUCGUACGAAGGUUUGGUUCAAGCCGUUUAUGGUUUUAACCGCCCUUUAAUUCCAUGUCCUGAGGACGUGGAGUAUUGUCAUUUGAAAGUGCCUGAACUCAUUUUGCGGGAGUUGGGCAUGGAAAGUAACACUUACUGGACCGAUGUUGCUUUUCUUUUUGGAAAUUUCUUACUAUUGAGGACGGUCGCGUUUUGUACUUUGAAACGGCGAUUAAGGACCGGUUAAGAUAUUUUUGUGAUUAUUUUACUAACAUUAGGUGAUUUUAUAAGAGAUUAUUUAUAUGACGUUAGAUUUAAGAUGGAUUAAGUAGUUUUGUAAAUAUGCAAGUGUGGUGUAAGAUACAAUACUUGUUUUUGUAUUAUACAAAGAUUCUAUUUAAUAAAAAAUUACGUUUU